CCGCUUCCGGUAGGGACAAGCGGCUUCCGGCGGCGUGGUCUGAGAACUCUGGCACAGCAGUGUUCUGGAGCCGUGAGGGUCUGUGGUGCCGGCCCUAACCCGGCCGCUGGCGGGAGUGUCCUAGUGUGGCUGGGAGGGAGGAACGGCCUGCCUCGCCCUGCGCCGGCUCGAGCUUCAGUGCGGCUCCACCGCGGAGCCGUCGCGUUGGCUUUCCCUGGCCUUCCCCGCUUCCCUAGAUUCUCGUGACCGCUGACGCGAGGACACGAACUUUUUUAGGAGUCUUGGAAACAUUGCCAAAAUGUCUGACAUUCAAGAAGCUACUAACCAACUCCUGGAUGUUAACCUUCAUGAGAACCAGAGGUUUGUACCAAAAACAGAAGAAAGUGACACCAAAGAUGAAUUUGAGCAUCUCCACGUCACUAUUGGAGCCACUGUCCCCACUGGCUUUGAGCAAACAGCUGCAGAUGAAAUCAAAGAGAAAUUGGGGUCAUCAUGCAAAAUUAGCAAAGAUCGGGGCAAAAUAUAUUUUGACAUUUCAGUGGAAAGUCUGGCGCAGGUUCAUUGUCUGAGAUCAGUUGAUAAUUUAUUUGUAGUUGUUGAAGAGUUUAAAGAUUUCCAGUUCAAAAAAACAAAGGAAGAAGCUCUGAAAGAUUUCGAAGACUUGGCUGGGAAACUGCCAUGGUCAGAUCCUUUAAAAAUAUGGGAAAUUAAUACUUGUUUCAAGAAAAAAAAAACAAAGCACAAAAAGAUGAAUGUGAAUUCUAGUAAACAGAAAAUUGUAAAUGGACAAGGAGACAAAUUAGAUGAGAGAGAUGAUAAAGGAUUUAUCGACAAUGCUUUAGAUUCACAUAUCUUAGACUAUUAUGAAAAUCCAGCCAUCAAAGAGGAAAUAUCAACCUUAGUAGGUGAUGACCUGGCAUCUUCCAAAAGUGAGAAUGAUGAACAUUCCAAAGCAGAAACUGAGCCUCAGGUGUUGAAGUUUAGAGUCACAUGCAACAGGGCAGGAGAAAAACACUGCUUUACCUCAAAUGAGGCUGCAAGAGAUUUUGGGGGUGCUGUUCAAGGUCUUUUCAAGUGGAAGGCUGACAUGACCAACUUCGAUGUGGAGGUUCUCUUGAAUAUCCAUAACAAUGAAAUGGUUGUGGGCAUUGCACUGACUGAGGAGAGUCUCCACCGUAGAAAUAUUACACAUUUUGGACCAACAACUCUGAGAUCAACUCUUGCUUAUGGGAUGCUCAGGCUCUGUGCACCUCAACCUACUGAUAUAAUAGUUGAUCCAAUGUGUGGAACAGGGGCAAUACCAAUAGAGGGAGCUACUGAAUGGUGUAACUGUUACCAUAUUGCUGGUGAUAAUAGUCCAUUGGCUGUAAAAAGAGCAGCUGAUAACAUCUCAUCUUUAUUGACCAAGAACCAAGUUAAAGAAGGCAAACACUCCUGGGGCUUGCCCAUUGAUGCUGUUCAGUGGGAUAGCUGCAAUCUUCCACUGAGAACUGGCUCUGUGGAUAUCAUUGUUACAGACAUGCCAUUUGGGAAAAGAAUGGGCUCCAAAAAGAGAAACUGGAAUCUUUAUCCAGCUUGUCUACGGGAGAUGAGCCGUGUCUGUAGACCUGGGACAGGCCGAGCCGUGCUUCUUACCCAGGACAAGAAGUGCUUUGCCAAGGCAUUAUCUGGAAUGGGACAUGUAUGGCGAAAGGUGCAUACUGUCUGGGUGAAUAUUGGGGGUCUUCAUGCUGCAGUUUAUCUUCUGAAACGAACACCUCAAGCUUUUGUUCAUUGUUCAGAGCAAGAUGAACAAAGAGGGACACCUUGGUAAUACAAAGAAUGAUGGGUGAUAGUUUUUGUACUUCCCAACACUGGAAAUGUCAGCAAGAAGAACUUGAUUUGAGAGAAUAUUAACAGAAGUGAAGUCUGCAAUAUUUCAACCAACCCAAAGCCCUUCACCUUGCAUAGCAAAAAUGUGACUAUAAUAUGAUAUAAUUUAAGGUUUGAGAAAGCAGAGCCUUUCCUUAGAAUUGUUUGAGGGUGUGGCUGGCAAUUAGCAGACACACACCCAUACACAGACACCCGACCCUAGUACUAGGGACUCUACAAAGGACUUUGGCAGUGAGCUAUCUCUCCAGCUCUUCAUUCUACAGUACUGGGGAUUAAACGCAAGGCUUUUUUAUUCUAUUUUUAUUUUUAAGACUGUCCUGUUAGGUUGGUGAAGCUGAACAACUUGUGGUCUUCCUGCCUCAGCCUCCACAAUAACAACUUCUUUAAAAUGCUUUACAGAUGAUUAUUGAAAACCUUACUAAAAUGCUGUGAGGUCUAUCUAUAGAACACUUUAUUUCCAGGCGUUUUCUGUUGAGUCAAGUAGAAAGCCACCUUGACUUAUAUAAGCUAAGAACAUAGUUGUAAGAUAGUAGGCUACUUUGCAUUGCUUAUGCAGCUUUGCUCUUUGGUAGCUCAAGUUCGGUUUAUCUCACCCUCAAAAAAUAAGGCAUUGUUGUAUUUUGUGAAAUUUCAUAACACCUACAGGAAAACAAUAUGUGCCUUAAAAAUUAAAAUAUGCACCUCUUAUUCAGGUUAACACAGAUCUAAAACAGGACUAAGGUUUAUGAAAGGGAUUAUAAAUAGUGUUUCUUCUAGUACAGGACAUUUCUAUUUGUAAAGAAUAGCAGGAACAUUGGUAGAUGAGGUAUGGAACCAAUAAACCGAGUAGGUUUUGCUUUCAGUAUAUAAAAGCAUGUAUUCAUUGUGAAAUACAAACAUGAACCUAUCAGAAAUUUUUUUUGUUGGUCAAAGAUGAGAAGAAAAAAAAACUUUGAAUGAAAAGGUAAUUUGGACUGGGCACAAAUUAAUUCUGGGCUGGGUGGCACACACUGGUAAUCCCAGCAUUUCCCAGGAGGAAGCAGGAGGAUUGCCAUGAAUGAGUUGGAGGGUAGCCUGGGAUACAAAGUGAAUUCAAGGCCAGAUUGAACUUCACAGCAAAACCAUGUCACAAAGACAGAACCAAAGUAAAAUACAUUUUAUUUGGGAGUGGUGUCAGUUUCAGUUUUUAAUGUCUCCAUCAGAGUUAAAGAAGAUAGGACUUUCCUCAGAGUCCACAGUGGCAGUGUAGUCAGCAGCCCUAAUCUGGAUCUGUUCAGACUGACCAACCUGAGAAUGAACUGAACAUGAGACAUUUCGAAGUUUUAUAUCCUAAACUGGUGGUUUUUUUUGUUUUUUUUUUUUUUUUUUAAUUUUUAAAGUUGGUGUUUUUACUAUUAAAAUUUACAGCUGCAACAUACACAAAAAAACUUCCCUGGGACAUAAAAAUCCAUUUAAACCUCAAACUAAAGGCUGGUAAGUAGUUAACAGAACCAAAAGUACAAGGACCAUAUUUACUAAGUCUCUAAUAUUGUACUUGGCAAACAGUAAGCAUUCAGUAUCUGCUAAACCAGUGAAUUAAUGUUUCUACAUACUAACAUGGACUUGUUGGAAACACAUCAUUUUUGUGCUUUGCUCACUAGACUGAUUUAACAUGGUGUGUCUCCUCAGUGUCUGUGCUGAUACAGUGAGUAGAAUAGGAAAUGAGUAUGAGGAGAUUGAGAAGACCUGCAGUUGAUAAAUUUUUUUUUAUCGGUAUCAGGGAUUGAACUCACAACCGCAUGCUUGCAAGGCAGGCGCUUAUGCCACUGAGCUAAAUCCCCAGCCCUGAUAUACAGAUUUUUAACCAUGGAAAUGGGCCUCCUAUAUCACAGAAAUGUUUAAAAAGAAUCUGUUAUUGGGAAUGAGUCACUAUUUUGGAGGGCAAAAAUGUUAAAAACUAGGAAAAAUUUUAUACAUCUAAUGAUAGGAAAACACUGGAUAACUGCACUAAGGGAAGGAUUGGUUACAUUUCUUUUAAAAUGGUAAUAGGCUUUCAGAAAACUGCCUGAUCUGCUGUUUUUGGUGUCCAUUGCAAGGACCAAAACACAAUUUGAAGGCCAAUAAAAAUACUGUGAAAGUACAGUAAAGCCUGUAUGUGCUUAAUAGGUAUAAAGAAUGGAACUAUCCAUCUUCAGGGUAGCCUUUUCCAGGAACCUAAAGGUGUUAUGUGUGAAGUUCAGUGGCACAGUGUUGUCAAAGCUUGAAAGUUCUAGCCAGUGUAGUUAGUGGGCCUUGGUACUUACAGGCUUACCAUGUCACCAGACAAACCAGGUUAACAUGUUUACUGAUCAGUUGUCAACUGCUCAAUGACAGAUGUGUGCUAGAAGAACUUACUGGAAAAGUUAAAGAAUGGUAUUUUAGUUUGUCUCAAGUCUUCAGUUCUAAUACCUCUAAAAUAAUGUGGUUUUUUCCAGAAAAAUCCUCCACUCCUGGCAUGUCUCAUCCUACUUCUCCAGGCAUUUGAAUGUUUACCAUGUGUGUUGUAUACUUGUGCUAGAGCAACUUUUGUUUUGGUUGAGAUCAUCUCACUGUGUAGCUCAGGCUAUCCUCCAUUUUAUGGACAUCCCCCUGCCUCAGCCUCUCAAAUGGAGGUGUGUCCCAUACCUGGCAAAUUGAUAGUUGUUUUAAGUAAAAGUGGUGCUAUGAGAAAAGUUAA